AUGGGCCUAGAGACGUUGGUCGUUGCUGCGUUGGUUUCACUGUUGGGAGUCGCACCUGGAAUCGAAGGAUCAUACCAAGAGAAUACGAACCAUGGAAACGUUCUGCAUCACGUAUUGAAAGUCGUCCGUCCAGCGGAUGCGAGUGAACAUUUUCAAGCGUCGCCGGAGGUAUUUCAACGUCAUCAGCAGCCUCUAGAGUACUAUCAGCCAGAACAGCCGCAGGACCAGCUGUUUCAGCAUGUGGCCAAGCAACAGUAUGUGGUACAGUCUGGGCACAACAUUGCUUCACAUCAGGCAACCGACCAACAGCAGCAACGCCAAACCGCACUUCCGUACAAUAAUCAACGACUUCACGUGAAUGUCGACGGUUAUCAGCGGGUGCCUCACUCUCAAGCGCAUCCGCUUCCGAUU